GCAGCUGACGAGAAGCUUCAAGUAUAGGUUAAUAUCAGAGAAGCAUGUGACUUGGGCAAUCUACAUGUGAUGCCAGUUGAGCCCCAGGAAGACGGUGCAGCCACAGCAGUGCCGAGCAACAUAAAGGUCCUGCUGGACAAGCUGUUGGAGUGAGAAUCAAGACAGCUGUAUCACAGGGUCAUACCCACCACAAUCUGCAUGACGACAGUAUUUUCCAGUAUCAUCCUAUUCAAAUAACAUAUUCAAGCAUCCUUGGGAAAUUGAGGUGGAGGAGAUCAGGCCACACAAGCUGUAAACCCUUGGUGGUCCUAAGACAAAAGAGGCUUUGUUAAGAGUUUUGUUUCGGUAGGACCUGCUUUAACAGUGACAAAGACAGCCAGACACUUCAACCUCUGAUAAUAAACUUUGUUACACAAAUCUAAAUCAUAAUGGAUGACAAGUAUGUCCUAUGCAAUUGGAAAGACCAGUUGUGGCCAGCAAAAGUUUUGUCCAGAUCUGAAACGUCAUCAAAUAAUAAGAGAAAAAAGACAUUCUCCCUAGAAGUUCAAAUACUUUCACUAGAUGAAAAAAUUAAAGUGGACACCACAGAAACAAAGACCCUCAGUAAAUCACAAAUUGAAGCCAUUGCCUCCUCACUACGAUCAGAGGUCAGUGCUUCACUCACAGAGGAAACUGUCUAUGAAAGAUCACUCAAAGUGGCACUGGAUAUUCUGAAUGAAAGAACAGAUUUGAGUGAAGCAAGCAUUUCAGAUAAAGAGAAGACCACUACACUAUUUCAAAGUGUACCACAAAAACCACCUGAUUCACCACCUCAUAAAAAGUAUCAGAAGUACAAAGGGGACUUACCAGAGUGUCUUGAGGAAAAUGAAAACUCAACAUCACUGUUAAUAUCUUCAGAGAGUGAUGAUUCCCUGUGUGAUGAUAAAUCACAGGUACAUACAACCAUUGGCACUAUUCCAAGUGAAAUGGAAACAAAACCAUCACAAAAUUUCAACCUCUGCCAAAAUUUUCCUUCACUUUCAGAAGAUGAUGAUAAAAAAGAGAACAAGAAAAAGAUUGAUAUUGCAGCAGUUUUGUCCGUGAAUUUCAAAGUCAAAAAGGAGGAUACAUGUGUUAAAGAUGAAAAGUUUACUUCAUCUUUACCAUCAGAUAUUAAGCCCAAAACUUUGAAAGAGGAAAAAGAAGAAGAUUGCCCGAAGACCCUAACUGUUUCCUCUGACUGCUCUAUCCUCUCAGAGAAUGUUGAAGAUCCUGGAGAGGGUCCCUCAAAUCCAUGCUUAGAUACCAGCCAGAAUCAACCUUCCAUGGAAUCAGAGAUGGGUGCCACAACAUCCCCCAAGAGCUGUUCAUGGGAGCACCAGGUUUCAUUUAAUGCCUCUAACUGUGUCUUUGAUUAUUCACUUCUUAGGAAUAGUGGAAGAAAUGUUCAGAGACUGGAUUUUGAUGAAUUUGAGGAAGAAGGACUUGUUUCUGACAAGGCAUUGUGUCUAAAUCGUGUUAAUACUUCUAUAUUGGAUGACAGUGAAGAAGAUGAAGAACUUCCACAAUUACUUUUUCAUUAUGAACCACGUUCAUUUGAAACAGGAAUGAUAGUCUGGUUUCAAUAUAAAAAAUAUCCAUUUUGGCCAGCAGUGGUAAAAAGCAUCAGGCGCAAAGAGAGGAAAGCAAGUGUGCUUUUCAUUGAAGCAAACAUGAAUCCUGAAAAGAAAGGUGUUAGAGUAUCUUUUAGAAAAUUAAAGAAUUUCGAUUGUAAAGAGAAACAAAAACUAGUAGAUAAAGCCAGGGAGGAUUAUAGUGAAAGUAUUGACUGGUGCAUCUCACUGAUUUGUGACUACAGAGUUAGAAUAGGUUGUGGUUCUUUUGCAGGCUCUAUCUUUGAAUAUUAUGCUGCUGACAUUAGUUAUCCAAUUAGAAAAGCAAUCAAACAGGAUACUUUUAGGAACUUAUUUCCAAAGCUACAUGAUGAAGAUACUGUGGAACCAAUGGUUGUGACUUCCCAGGCCAAAAAAGUGGCCUUCCAGAAAACUCUCCCUGACCGAAUGAAGUCUGCUCGGGACCGAGCCAACAAGAACAUAGUGGACUUCAUUGUAAAUGCAAAGGGAGCUGAGAAUCAUCUUUUGGGCAUUUUAAAAGGCACAAAAGGAUCCAGAUGGCUGAAAUCAUUUUUGAAUGCAAAUAGGUUCACACCUUGCAUUGAAACAUACUUAGAGGAUGAAGAUCAGUUGGAUGAAGUGGUAAAAUAUUUACAAGAAAUCUACAAACAAAUAGAUGAAAGAAUGCUGACUCUGAUAAAAGAUGACAAAAUUAAAUUUAUCCUAGAAGUUCUUCUGCCAGAGGCAAUUAUUUGUUCAAUUUCUGCCGUUGAUGGGUUAGAUUACAAGGCAGCUGAAGCAAAAUAUCUAAAAGGACCAUCUCUAGGCUACAGAGAAAGAGAAUUAUUUGAUGCAAAAAUCAUAUUUGAAAAGAGACGGAAACCGGUAACAAAUGAGGCUCGUUAAAUAUUCUGAGUUGAAACUAUAAAAGAAAGCUUUACUAGAUUUUAGUUUUAAAAAAUCUCUGAACAAGUCUUUAUAGCAUGUAAACAUUUUCUGAAAAUGGGAGAGAUUGAGUAAUGUGUUCACUUUUUUUGGCGAUCUCUAGGAUCUGUGGCUAUUGUUACAUCUUUAUUUCCUUUCCUUGUGUUUCUUAAAGACAGUUUUAAAAGUUGACAUAUUUCUGCAAUUCUACUGAAAUAUUUACUUUCAUGUUGAUCUUGUAUUAUUUUAAAAGAAAGCAAUUCUACUUUCCAGUAUGUUUUUAGAAUGGAUAAUUCCCAAAUGGCUUACAGGGGAAAGUGCUAUUUUGUUUAAUGACAUUUUUGUGUCAUUCUGAAAAGUUAAAUAGAGUGUGCACAAUUAUUUUAAUAUUGAAAUUGCACUGGUGUUAGAUAUUAAGCAAGAUAACUAGAAAAAAGUCUGCAGGAAACAUCAAUAUAUUUUUUGCUUAAAUUUUUUAAAUAUUAGAUUGUCUCUUAAGAUAGUUGAAUUAUUGUUUCCUGCCAUGCUUAUUUUUUGGGGGAAAAAAUUUCUGAAACAUAGAACCAAAGAUAGAUAUGCUUUGCGAUAUAUUAUAACUAUAGCUUCUUUUGCAAUGUAACAGAAUGAAAUUCAAAAAAUAAAGUAAAUGAAGCAUUUGCACAUAGUCUACAAAUGCAUGAAUAACAUCUCAGCAUGUACAAAAUAAUUUUGGUAGCCUUGAACAGGAUUGUUCAUUCUAUAUUUCCAUAAAAUUUCAUUUUGGGGAGUGUCUUUCCUUCAAUAGUUUCUUAAAACAGACAGGCUUCUGGCUGACUUCAUUACCAGUAGUGGGUUUUCUUAAUAUAGCUGUGUAAUCACACAUGGAAGGCAGCUUAGAGUCAUUGUAUUCACAGUCUGGCCACUCUAGACCUAGUCCAGGAUGACUGCUUAAGAACCCAUCUAGUUUGGUAUAAACUGUAGAAAAAGCAAACUCAUUGUUCUGGGUAUUUUUAUCUCUAAAUAUAUAGUCACUAAUCUCAAACCAAGCAAACUUUAUCAUCUGGCUUAUUUGUAGUAUAGUUCCGACUAGUUCCAAUAUUAUAAAUGCCAACUGCCAACUGCUAAGUCAUUCCAAAUGGCUAGGAGUAGAUGGACCAGAAUCUGGGAGAUUGAAAAUGGAUCAUAAAAAGCCUCCAUUUGGCUAAAUAUGACAAUUAUCUGAAUAUAAUUAAAUAAAAAGUCUGAAGCCAAUCUAUUAUUUAUUCUAACUUGAAAUAAUAUUUUUGUGAAAAAAUGUUAGAAAAAUUAGUUUAUUUUCAAAACUUGUAUGAAAAAAAUGCUAAAGACAACAUAAAACUGUCUGCAUUUUUGCCUCUUAGAAUGAGACAGUGAUUACUCUUGGGUUCUUGUUAUGUGUUACAUGGCUACAUGUUUAUGUAAAAAUUGCAAAAGUUUGGUGUUUCGAUUUGCAAUAAAACCAUUAUACUCUUCA